UAUACCUGAUCGUGGCUUUACUGGAUAUAGUUGUGUGUGCAUAUUCCAUGGUUCAUAAUGAAUGUCAUGAAUAUGAUGGGUUUUAAAAAAGUCAAAACUUGUGUUGUCAGACCACGCCUCUCGCGGACAACCUCGUAAUAUGAAUAUUCAUUCGAAUCCAAGAGUUUUCAUGCGUUUACGAUAGGGUACGUGAGCGUGGUGGAAAUGGUAGCAAGAUGGCGGCGUUGAAGGAGGAGCAGUGUUACGGGCUGUCCUGUGGAAGAGUGAGCAAUGGCAGCAAUAUCUCCGUCUUUCACGUCAAACUCACUGACAGCGCAUUGAAAGCUUUUGAAGAAUAUCAGAACAGCAAGGCCCAGUCAUCUCAGCCACGCAUCCGGUUUAAUGGAAACCAAGGGAAAAUCUCCAUCCCUUGCUCGGACAGUCCCAGUGAGCUGCGCACAUUCACGUUUUACCUGUCCAACGUGGGCCGGGACAACCCUCAGGGCAGCUUCGACUGCAUCCAGCAGUACACUACCGGAGAAGGCAGUGUGGAGCUGGACUGCCUAGGCGGGAUCCAAGACAAGAUCACGGUGUGCGCCACGGACGACUCCUACCAGAAGGCCCGGCAGAGCAUGGCUCUCGUCGAGGAGGAGACACGCAGCAGGGGUGCCAUCGUCAUCAAGCCUGGAGGCCGAUACGUGGGGAAGCGUGUGCAGCGGCGCGGGCCGGCCGCCGGCCUGACGGACAUUGCGCCGUCACGCCGCACCUCGCGGCCCGUCAUCAUCUCGUCCAGCGCUCCGCGGAAGGGUGGGGGGGGCGGGGCACAACUCCGCCCCCUGCGGGAGAGGCUCACCCACCUGCUGGCGCUCAAGCCCUACCGCAAGCCCGAGCUCAUCCUGCGCCUGCAGAAGGACGGCCUCACCUUUCCAGACAAGGACUCCCUGGACGCCCUCCUGCAACAGGUGGCUAACCUGAACGCGAAAGACAACACCUUCACGCUGAAGGACGGCCUGUUCAAGGAUAUCCAGAAGGACUGGCCGGGUUAUGCCGAGGUGGACCAGCAGAUCCUGAAACGGAUUCUUGUACGGAAACUGUGCAAGGCUCCCCCCAGCAGGACCCCAACUGCAGUCGAGGCUCCUGGAAGUCCCCCCAAAGAGCCAGCCAGCAGCUCGCCAUCUCAGAAACGCCCAGCUACAGAGUUCAUUGACCCUUUGGCCAACAAAAAGCCUCGUAUAUCACAUAUGGUCAGCAAGGCUCCUACACCAAUUAACGGCAAGCUGAGCUCCUCCAACGGCAAGGAGGCAUCAUCUGGGCCGUCGCACCAGACGACAUUGCCGUCGCACCAGAUGACAUUGUCGUCGUUGGGCGAGAGCGGCGCAUCCAACUCGCAGCCCCCGCUAGACUUACCCAAGCUGGACUUGCCGCGGCCUUUCGACCCACUCUCGGACGUCAGCAACGACUCGAGCCACAACGGCCGCGACGGGGAGGUCCGGGAAGCGGCGGUGGCGGAGCGACUGGCCCAGCCAGCCCCCCAGCCCCUCUCGGGACCAGCCUCCAGCCUGCACCCCCCUGCGCCCCGGACCCUCUCCCCGCCCCUAGACCCCGCACGCGCCCACGCCAAGCCGCCCUCCCCCACCCCGCACGGCAAGUCCAAGAAGAAGUCCAAGAAGCACAAGGACAAGGACAAGACGAAAGACAAGGAGAGGGAUAGAGAGAGGGAGGGCCGCAAGGAGAGGAGGGGAGGGGAGGAGCGCGUGGCUGAGCAGCGCGUGGCCGAGCAGAGGAAAGCCUGCGAGAUCUCCUCCAGUCCGGAGACCAUGAAGGCUGGCAGUGGUCCACACAAGAGCACAGAUCUCAAUGGAACGUGUGACAGCUCCAGUACCCCUACGCCACCAGAGGUGGCAGACUAUUUAUUGAAGUACACUGUGAUUGAAUCCCCGGAGCAGCGGCAGACCUACAAGAAUGACUUUAACUUGGAGUACAGCGAAUACCGGGGGCUGCACGCUCGCAUCGAGGGCAUCACUCGCCAGUUCACCAUACUGGACGCCGAGCUCAAGCAGCUGCAGCAGGGCACAGACAAAUACAAGCUAAUCCACAAUCAGAUACUUGAAGAGUAUCGCAAAAUUAAAAAGACUAACCCGCACUACAGCCAGGAGAAGAACCGCUGUGAGUACCUGCACAACAAGCUGGCUCACAUCAAGAGACUGAUAGCGGAGUACGACCAGCAGCAGCUGCAAAGCUGGCACUAGCUUCUCCGCGUGCCGCCUGCCCCGUCUGGAAACCAGGCCGGGGGUGCAGGCGGCCCCAGGACUGGCUGGCGUCUCAGGCUCACGCCACAAACAAGCUCUAAUGUGCCACGCCACGGAGGGAUGGGCCCACCACUCCGACAGUGUCCCCCCCGACCCUCACCUGAUCUCCCCAGGCAGGGUCCCUCAGUGCCCCCAAUCUCUUUCUCUCUUUCUCUUUUUCUCUCUUUUUCUCUCACUUUUUUUCUCCAUCUACAUCUCCAUCUCACUUAAUUUUCCUCUGUUGAUCCAACUUCUUUGGGAGAAAGCCUCAAGUCCCUCCUCAACCCACUGCCCAUCCCUCCUAGCACACAGAGUGUCUGUAGAGAGUGCCUGUGGAAAAUCCACCUCUCUCCGAGGACCCCCUGCAUCAGCUCCCACUCCCCCUCCCCUUUUGCCCUGGCUGCUGACACUGAGCUCGGGUUGGGCAGAAUUGCUUCCCGAAGUGCUAAUAGUUUAUAAAAAAAGUACAAGAUAAAAAUGAAAUGGAUUAUUAUUUUUCCCUUUGUUUGGAAAUGGAAAGCUCCUAUGAUAUUUUAUUAAUUUUUUUAUUUAUUCUGUAAUUUUUGUUUAGUUUUUUUUUUUUUUUUGCGGACUUCCAUGGGGAUCUUGAUUUAUUUACACUCCGCAGUAUGGGCGCCGCAGAGCCUCUGCUCUGGGGAAUCUGCUUUCCUUUCGGUCCUCUCCCUCUUGACUAUCAGUAUUUUAUGCAAAAGCUGCCUUUGGCUAUCAAAUUGUCCCAGCUGUAGCCAUUCAUGACAAGUCUCCCCUCUCCCUUAACUAUACAAGCAGUAUACGUUCAGCCAGUUAAAACAGAGGGCUGUUCAGAUCGUUCACUGUUGCACACACGCAUAGAGCAGGCUGGUUGAGCUUUGUCGGCUGCAACUGGGUUCAGGCCAUAGCAGUGUUCCUGUAUGUCAAUGAGAUUGUAAAGUGAAGCUAUCAGUGUAUUGGGACUGAUAGCAGCAAUGGUGCCACUAAGUCAUCUCUCGCAGUAUAGACCGCCACUACUGACUCGAAGCUGUGCUCAGAUUACACACCACCUUUCACCCUCCACACAUUUCAUUCAGAGCCAACCUACCACAAGUCCCAGCUCUGUGUUUGCAUUACAUUUGGGUGGGUUAGGCUUUAAAACAUUAAAAAUCUCAGAACUACAAAAUAGUGUUUCCGGUAUGUGAGAUCCAAGUUUGUUUUUAGCAUUUCUCUCUGAUCAUCUGCCAUCCAUUCCGGGCCUUCUGUUGGUCAAGGCUUCCUUUAAUGAAAUGAGUCCCCACGCAUUGAGCUUCACUAAUGGACGUUUACACACCUACUGACUGGCUGAAUGUCAAAUCCACACAGACACACUCACUCACUCACACUUCCAUGCCCCAAACCUGGAAGAGACUGUUAUUUUAAAAGAAGAUUAGGAAAAAAAGAGCUUGAAGCUUCUUCCAUGAAGAGUGGAUUGUAUGUUUUUCUUGAUCCCUCAAGGAUACAGAGCCUGGAGUCUUCAUUCUCCCAACAGCCAGGGAGGAUCUCCCCACCAACCCCUUUCAGACUGUCACUGCCCUGGUUUAGUCCGGCAGAAGGACCCAUUGUAUUUCUGAUAUUGAUCUCUUUAUGUUGAUAUUAAAACUCAGCACUUUCUUGCGUUCCGCCUCUUGCUGUUACUCUGACCUGGGUUGUGUUCUGAGGGAGAGUGUCUUUUUUGUUUCGUUUUUUUUUUUUUGGCCUUGUCCCAGCGGAAGUGCAUGCUUUCUUAGUGAAUGUGUUUUAAGUACAGUCAGACCAGUAUUUGCAAUUCAGUUUUUAAACUGCUGUUCUAAGGCAUUCAAAUCCAAACAAAGACCUACACCCCCCCCACCCCCUAUUAUAUUACCAUGAGGAGGGAUUUCACAUGUAUUUAAAACAUGCACAGGAACUAAGCCACUCCUCAACCUUCAAUGAACACACAAAGCUGAAACGUUCAGCUAAACAUCAUGGUGCUUCUACCUGCUGCUGUCCAGGCAGUCAGACAACUGUAGAUUUACACUAUUAACACACAGGGAAGACCGUGUGUGUGUGUGCGCGUGUGUUUGUGUGUGUGUGUGUGUGUGUGUGUGUGUGUGUGAGAGAGAGACAUGUUUACGGCAUAUCUGACCUGUGUGAUUGAAACACCAUAUGUGUUUCUCUUGCAAGAGUGCAAGAGUCUUCUCCCUGCCCUGAAAUCUCUCCCAUGGUUUGAAUUCCUCCUAGCAAUGGCAGUGUUCACAAUGAUCUCUGGUCAUGAGGGUGAUGAUUACCAGGGUUUUGUUUGGAUUUGGAGAUACCUGUGUUGUUUUGUUUUUGACUUUGAGUUGCAAGUACACAACACCACAUGGGUUGAAUGUGCCAGAUGAGCUGCAGAUGCAGAUUGUACAGGACCUGCUGUUGCCAAUUCAGCAUUAGAGGGUCCCACGACUCGAGAGGGAAGCACCAAAGCACGCUUUCUGAAAACAAUAAGGGACUGGGACUGAAAUUUCUCUUGACAUUUGAAUAAAAACCCUAGAAAAUCAA